CUGCAACCCAUCGACUUUACUACCUGCUAAGAUACCAUCUAGAUCGAUUGCGAAUCAUGUCGCUGUCGGGAAACCCUGACGACAACGACGACGACUACGUCGCUAGGCUCCUCGUCGAGGAUGCGAGGAAGAGUUCGAUGCGGUAUGCUUCCCAAGGCCUGUCCGCCUUGCUGCCCAAAAGACCUACGGGCGCAGUACCGAAGCCGAAUACCCGUUUCCUGAAAAAUCUGGUCCGCGAAGCCGAUAGUCACAAUGCAAAACUGAAGGAGAAAGAGGAAUUGGAGGCACGAAUCCGUCUGAGGAAGAUCAGAGACGCCGAGCACGCCUCCAGAAAACCUAGACAGGAGCGGGACGACGAGGACGGCCACGAGCAAGGGCGGAAGAGACGGCGAUUAAGUGACGACACCGAGGACGCAAAGAGAACCAGGAGAGACAAACGGGAUAGAGCCCGAGGUUCGAGACACAACGGGAGCCCCGAGCAGCGGAGAGAGCGGGAUGAUGAGGACAAGACUCGGGGGCGGCGGCGGCGGCACAGGAGUGACGACUUCAACGAGGACCCAGGCCGUAAUGGAUCUCGACGCCACACUUCCUCGCGACGAAGUAGAUCUCAUUCACGAUCCAGGUCCAGGAGCAGGGAAAAAAGGGAGCACAGAGAGAGACGCACGAGGGCGAGGGACACCCACAGACAUGAUCGAAAGUCUCGCCGACAUUCUCCACCCAGCGACACGGAGCCAGGAGGGCAACAGGACGCGGAGGACCGCCGUCGCGCACCAUCGACGUCCUCGACGUCCUCGGACCCUCUCGCCUCGCUCAUCGGCCCCCGCCCGACACUGGCCGACGACGACCAACGUCCGCAACGUCGUGGCCGGGGUUUCCACCACCGCCAUCAUCCCCCACACCAGUCCCGCUCAAACAUCGACGCCCACUUCUCCCUGGCGUACAACCCCUCCACACACGACGCGGGCCUCGACUCAGACGAUCUGGAUCCGGACGACGAAGGAGGCGCCCUCGAUGAAUGGACGUCGGCCCUCUCUGCGCUUCGAGAUCGGCGAGCCUGGCGCGCGAAACAGGCCGAGCGCAUGAAAGACGCGGGGUUCACCGAGGAGGAGAUCACGCGGUGGAAGAAGUCUGCUUCCACGUCCCGCACCCCCCUGACCAGCGGGGGGGACGAACAAGGCGACGUCCGCGACGUCAAGUGGCGCAAGAAGGGCGAGGAGAGGGAGUGGGACGUUGGCAAGACGGAGACGAGUCCCAGCGCACUGCUCCCCACACCCGGACCUCCCGCCGUUGAUAAGGCAAACACAGCGCCGAGAAGGACUCAUGUGAAGAAGGAAGAAAAGAGGGGCCAGGGCGUCGACUCGGCAUGGCACCGACCCGAAAGCGCCUUCUUGAAGCAGUUCAAGAGCGCCCUCCGCUGAGACACCCUCAGAUCCUGCUCGGGGAUGCAUGAUGCGGACCGAGUAAAAAGAACGAAUCACCAUUGCAUGGCACAUGGCUGGAAGGAAUCGAGGCUGUUCUGUGCCGUUUGUACAUCGUUCCUGCUUGAGACGAGAGGGCUCUUCUAUCUGUCAAGUCGUGAAUCCUAUAACCGGACAAACUCGAUCAUCUUACACUAUAUCUAUACCCUACGGCAUAGUCUGCUUCAGAUCGCCCAGCUUGG